AUGUGGCCUUACAGUCCUUUGGACUGGCUGCUCGCCAUCGCAGUCUUGGUUGCAUUGGCCACCUGUCAAGAUGACUACGAUCCAUACCAAGAAUUUAUAGCCACUGAAAGCGAGCGAGGUCUUUUCCCGAGUAUUUUCAACCUGGCCACAAACUCCUUGAUCAAUGCCUCGGCUACUUGUGGAUAUACUCGACGCGAAGAAUAUUGCAAGCUUGUCGAACACGUGCUGUUGCGAAAAACGGCUGCUGGAGGUUCUCCGCAAUGCGACAUCUGCGACGCCAACGACGCCCGCCAUCGCCAUCCGAUUGAGUUCGCCAUCGAUGGAACGAGAAGAUGGUGGCAGUCGCCUUCCUUAGCGAAUGGACUCGAGUAUGAGAAAGUGAAUGUCACUAUCGACUUGCGACAGGAAUACCAAGUGGCGUAUGUGGUCGUGAAAAUGGGAAACGCCCCACGUCCAGGCACAUGGGUCUUGGAGAAGUCGCUAGAUGGCAUUCACUAUGAGCCAUGGCAGUACUUUGCCACUUCUGACGCCGAAUGUAUGCGACAGUUCGGAGUGCCAGCAACCACUGGAGUCCCUCGAUUCGAGCGUGAUGACGAGAAGUUCACUCGUGCUCGAUUUGUCCGAUUGCGUUUGAUAUCACCCCGUACCCUGAACGCGGACCUGAUGAUCAUCAAUCGUCAAACACAUCGAAUCGACAGAUCAGUAACGAUGAGGUAUUACUACUCGAUUUCCGAUAUAUCCAUUGGAGGGCAAUGUAUUUGUUACGGCCACGCAGAGAGCUGUCCAAGCGAUCCAGUCACAGGGCAAUUCAAAUGCGAGUGCCGGCACAAUACUUGUGGGGAAUCCUGCAACAGAUGCUGCCCCCUGUUCAAUCAGCUCCAAUGGAAACCAGGAACCAACGCUCAUCCGAAUGCUUGUCAACAGUGCCAAUGCUUCAAUCACGCUGACUCGUGUGUGUAUGAUGAGGAACUGGACCGCAAUAAAUGGUCGAUUACUCCUGAAGGAGUGUACGAGGGCGGAGGUCGUUGUGUAGAUUGCAAGGUAAUUUUUAGUGGAAAGGUAUUGGAAGACGCUUGUCGAACGUGUGACUGCGAUCUCACUGGCUCUGUCAGUGACGUUUGUAUAAGGGACGACCAGAGUGCUCUCUCAGGACAGCAUCCCGGUGAUUGCGUGUGCAAGCCAGGCUUUGGUGGACGACGGUGUGAGCGUUGUGCUCGCGGCUAUCGCAACUACCCCAAGUGUGAACCGUGCCCUUGCAAUCAAGCCGGUUCCGUGAACUUUGACACAUGCGAGGAGGAAAAGUGCCAAUGUAAAGCAAAUGUAGAAGGUCUGUAUUGUGACCGAUGUAAGCCGAAUACGAUCCACUUGAGCGCUGAUAAUCCACAAGGAUGUCAGGCGUGCUUCUGCUUUGGUAUGACNGGACAGCAUCCGGGUGAUUGCGUGUGCAAGCCAGGCUUCGGUGGACGACGGUGUGAGCGUUGUGCUCGCGGCUAUCGCAACUACCCCAAGUGUGAACCUUGCCCUUGCAAUCAGGCCGGUUCUGUGAACUUUGACACAUGCGAGGAGGAGAAGUGCCAAUGUAAAGCGAAUGUAGAAGGUCUGUACUGUGACCGAUGUAAGCCGAAUACGAUCCACUUGAGCGCUGAUAAUCCACAAGGAUGUCAAGCCUGCUUCUGUUUCGGCAUGACCGACAAGUGCAGGGAGAUUCCGUGGGUGACUGCUUCGAUUUCGAAUAACGUCGGCUGGAACCUAACUGAUCUGAGCGGUGGACGAGAUGUCCGACCAGAAGUGGAAAAUCGUGAAGUGCUAAUGUUCAAUGCAAACCAGAAUAAGGACCGUUCGUUGUUCUAUUGGAAGGCACCAGAUACCUUUACCGGAAACAUGUUGAACAGCUAUGGUGGGAAUUUGCAAUUUUAUGUCUACUACGUGCCGUUGGAGCAAGGGAACAGCAUUCCUGUUGCGGAUCUGGUUAUUGAGAUCCCGAUCAGAGAGGGUUCCGGAUGGUACAACUCAGUGACAAGGACUCCGGCCGAAAAGGUUGAUAUGUUGAGGGCUUUAGCUGGAGUAGAACGCUUCAUGGUUCGGGCGAUGUAUCAGCAGAAUCAGCUGCAAAGCAGCAUAUUCGGAUUAACACUGGACACGGCUGUACCACCUCCUGAAGGCAGUCCCGUCGACAGAAUCGAAGACGUUCUGCAUCCUUCUAUGACCGACACUCGAAUGCGGGGUGUCGAAGUGUGUCAAUGUCCAGAAAAUUUCGCAGGAAACAGUUGCGAGUCCUGCGUUCCGGGCUACCGCCGAGUGAAUAACCAGUUGUAUGGUGGUCAUUGUGAGAAGUGCACUUGCCAGGAUCAUUCCGAUACUUGCGAUCCCUUCACGGGAGCAUGUACAAACUGUCAGCACAACACCACAGGCCCACGAUGUGAGCUCUGCCUGCCCGGUCACUAUGGAAAUCCCUCUCUAGGUGGAGAACUUGGUGCAUGCCGUCCCUGCGCGUGCCCAACGGCGGAAAACAGUCGCUCUGCUGAGUGUGUUAUGACUCAGCUGGUCGUUUCGGGACCGGCAGCAUCGCAGGAAGACGCGUACGUGUGCACGGCUUGUGAACGAGGUUACGAAGGAAAUAAGUGUGAAGUAUGCGCUGAUGGUUUCUUUGGCAAUCCAAUGGAGGCUAACGGCACUUGCAAAGAAUGUGAAUGCAAUGGAAACAUCGAUUUGAUGGCUAUCGGUAAUUGUGACACGGUAACUGGAAGAUGUCUAAAGUGUAUCGGGGACACAACUGGCGAGCAUUGUGAGAUUUGCAAGGAGAACCACUGGGGUUCGGCAUUGGAGCAUACCUGCAAACCCUGUGGAUGCCAUCACGUUGGUGCUUCUUCUCCUCAAUGCGGCAACCUGGGCGAAUGCACAUGCAAACCGAACUACAUCGGAAAGCAAUGCGACAGAUGCAUCGACGGUCACGGAGACAUCGAAAACGGGUGUCCACCGUGCGAAUGCGACGUGGUCGGAAGCAUCGGGGACCAGUGUGAUGCUGUUAGCGGUCAGUGCACCUGCAAACAAGGUGUUUUUGGCAAGAGAUGCAACCAAUGCCGUCCUUCGUACUUCAACUUUACUGACGCUGGAUGCCAAUUUUGUCACUGCAACAUAUACGGUUCCAUUCAGGAUGGGAAGUGUAACAACAUCACUGGUAAAUGCGAGUGUCGUGAUAAUGUCGAUGGUACGAUGUGCGAAAAAUGUGCGGAUGGAUUUUUCAAUAUCACCAGCGGUGUUGGAUGUCAGGCUUGUGAAUGUGACCCGACUGGAUCAGAUGGCGAGGCCUGCGACCUUCAUUCAGGCCAGUGCGUCUGCAAGCCCGGAGUGACUGGUCUGAAGUGCGACCGAUGCCAACCGAACCACUAUGGUCUCAGCCCAGAGGGAUGCAAAGAAUGCAGAGCUUGUCCCGCUCCUGGCCAGGUGUGUGAUCCCGUCACUGGCGAAUGUGUUUGUCCACCAAAUACAGUAGGAGAGAUGUGCGAGAACUGUACCGAAAAUGCUUGGGACUAUCAUCCACUGAAAGGCUGCAAGUUGUGCGAAUGCUCCGACGUGGGCAGCAGCGACGGCAAGUGCGAUACGCGGACAGGACAGUGCAAAUGCCGUAACGAGUACGUGGGACUGCGGUGUGACCGCUGUACUCAUGGCUUUUUUGGCUUUCCAAAUUGUCAGCCAUGCGACUGCCAACCAGAUGGUACCGAUCCCUUGCAGUGCAAAGAUGGACUCUGCCUGUGCAACGAAGAAGGCGAAUGCCCUUGCAAAAAAAACGUCAUGGGUGCGAAAUGCGAUCAGUGCAAGGAGAGCACGUUCAGCUUGGAAGCAUCGAAUCCACUCGGGUGUACUGACUGCUUUUGCUUCAAUCGGAGUAGCUCCUGUGAGCAGAGCUCACUUUUGUGGCAGCAGACCUAUGCCGAAGAUCGUCGAGCGGUUUUCGAAGAACCCUGGGAGUACUACACGAAGAAGCACAACCUCAACCUGCUGAAGGAAUACCCAGCUCGAUAUAACAGCUAUCCAACCGAUGCCGUCCCACUGUACUGGCCGCUUCCGAAAUCAAUGCUUGGCGAUAGAACAUCUAGCUACAACGGAUUUCUGAGAUUCAAGAUAUGGAAUGAGGACAACCGUCGUGGGAUUGAUGGAGUGCGACCCGAUACCCAAUACUUCCGAUAUUUCCCGCAGGUUGUGCUUGUUGGAAAUAAUCGCAUUGAGUUGGAACACAUCCCACUACAGAUUGAGGAGGACGGGAAGUACAAGAUACGGCUGCAUGAAUCUGAAUGGCGAUCGCGCCAGAGCCCAGAGUUGCCGGUCACUCGCAAGCUGAUGAUGAUCGCUUUGCAAAAUCUACAGGGUGUCUACAUUCGUGGCACCUACAAUUAUCCAGCAAGAGGAGACGCUAUUACCAUGAGUGAAGUCUCCCUGGACGUGGCUGUUCCCGCUUCUCCUGGUUUGUCUGGAUCGACUGCGAUCGGCGUCGAACAGUGUACGGACUGCCCACAAGGCUUCACCGGUUCAUCAUGCCAGAAUCCUGCAGUGGGGUACUGUAGGAAGAGGCAACGAGACUACCUCAACUCCCCUGACGACAUGUCACUCAUUGGUUGGUCAGAGCCAUGUGCCUGCAAUGGCCAUUCAACCACUUGUCAUCCAGAGACCUGCGUCUGCACAGACUGCGAACACAACACCACCGGGGAUCACUGCGAUCUAUGCAAAAGCGGCUACAUUGGGGAUGCCAGGGAGGGUGGAGCGAAUGCGUGCACCAAGUGCGCUUGCCCCCUCGUGGAAAAUUCAUUCAGUGACACUUGCGUCGCGGUGGAUUACGGUAGAGGAUAUGUGUGCAACGCAUGCAAAGCCGGCUAUACUGGACAGUAUUGUGAAAGCUGCGUCAUCGGCUACUUUGGAGAACCGUCAACUCCAGGCGGAUUCUGUCAAUCGUGCGACUGUCACCCGGACGGCUCUCUGAACGGUGCCUGCAAUCCGCUCACCGGUCAAUGCGAAUGUCGCGAGGGAGUGACGGGAAGGGAUUGCAGUCGAUGCCAACAUCGUCACGCCUUCAUCGGAGGAGUUUGCACCUCAUGUGACCAAGGCUGCUAUCUACCGCUUAUGACUAUGGUCGAUGACUUGGAAAUGACUUUGGCUAAUCAAAAUUUCUCCAACUUGCGUCCAAUCCCAUGGAAACGACUUUUCAGAAUCGAGAACAAUACUGAAUUGAUAUUCGACUUCAUGAAGGGGCUCGAUGGAGGAGGUGAGAGUGAAGUCGACGCCAUUGUUAUGGAGAGCAAGCAUGCCAAGGAGGCACUCGCUGUGGUUGAUGGGGUGAGCGACGCUUCAAAAACUUUUUGA